UCCACUCGUAAUGGUCCAAAAAAGGUCACCUGGGAAGCAUUUUCUCUCCCCGCAGCAGGACCUGGCGGGGGGGAGGGGCUGAGGGAGGGGCGGGAGGAGGGGGUAAUGGUGGACGCUCUCGCCUCGCUGCCUCCUUUGUUAUUAGUCUCCCGCCGGGCCUCCUGCAGAACCUCCCGGCCAGGUUAUUACAUUGGGCAGCGGUUCCCGUCCGCCGGUGGGCCCGUCGGCGAGGCAGCAGCCGUGCCGCCGCCGGGAAGAAGGCUACAGGGCGCUACAGGGCGGGAGGAGGUCGUUGAGGGGGGACAAAAGGGUCGUUAAUUUGGCGCCCCCCAACAUGGUCGACUGUCUGUAAUGUAAUAUUAAUGCACAGGCCAACGUCUCUCUAUUCUGCUCUUUUCGUCUGUAAAACAGUCUCUUUUCAGUUUUGUAUUCGUUCUUUUUCCUCUCAUUGUUAUUUCUCAUAGCCACCCCGCAGUGAGUUCACAAAUAUUCCAAAUCUAUGGACCAAUCUCAAGUGGGGAGGCACUUGAGACCAGCCAAUCAUAUUAAGUGUUUCCGCCUCAGCUAUUGAUUGGUGGGAUUUGACUUUGACGUCGCUUACCGCGUUUUCAUUGGUUGAACCUAGCCCAAACUCCGCCCUCGCAGGAAAUUACGCGCGCUCAAUGGCUCGCGAGUCCAAUCGCUCCGCCCCCUGAUGGCAAGAUGUAAAGUUGAGCUUGGUUAGGAAAAUGUCGGAAGGCUCAGAGUGCUCUCCAAUCUCCACUCGCUAUCAAGCCAGUGCUAUCAUAUUACUGGAAGCCAGAUCUAAGCUCAUUUGCUCGUUCUCAUACAGCAUUAACUGUAACGAGCCUUCAGUAAAAAACUGUGAGAGCCACGUGCCACAAGACGUCCGCAGCCGCGAGCCGCCUCUGCCGCGGGCACAACACAAGUGAUCAGGUGCCGAGCCCUUGUGAGGACGCACUUUUAUCCGUAGUGCCGCCAGUGUAACUCUUGACCUGAAGGUGACUCAAGAGUGCCAUCCAGUCUGUGAUCCAUAUCUUUGGCGCCAGUGAGGAGGUGCGGCGCCCCCUCCCCGCAGGUGUCUCAUCAUCGAUUGGCCCAAGGUGACUCUUGACUUUUACAAUACUGAGGUUGUCGAGUUCGUUUCUUUUGUUACUCACCUCGGGGCCUCUUGAACCUCAGGGGCUCGCUCCUUCACCUGGCUCCUCCUGACGCUGUUUACCGCUUGGCUGGCCAUUAACACCAGCCGCCCUCGCUGCCCUCCCUGUGCCCUGGGCGGUGAGGACGCGGCGGGGGCCCUGGCUUGGGGUGUCGAGGCGCCCGCAGCGAGCGUCACCCGAGGGCAGCGCUGACACAUGACCAUGUUGGGGUGUUAGGUCAUGAGUGGAAGGCCCCAGGACGAGCCAGCCCUUCUCCGUGACCUCCCUGCUCAGCCCUCUGGACACGCUGGCCUCGACCGUGGACGUGGCAGCAGCAGCAGCAGCCGCAGCAGCAGCAGGCAGCAGCAGGACGGGGCUCGAGUGCCAGCAGCAGCACCAGUAGCGGCGCCCUUGCUGCCUCAGGGAUCGCCGCCUCAGCCUCCGUCAACGACUUCGCCGCCGCCAUGCAGAACCCGUACGGCAUGAGCCCCAUGGCGCACAUGGCGCAGUUCGGCACGCACUCCACCUAUCAGUACUGUAACACGGACCUCUCCCACUACGCCACCCCGGCCUCCGCCUCCUGGUACGGCACCUCCACCUCAGACCCCAGAUUUGCAAUUUCGCGCCUCAUGGGGGCUCCAAUAUGAACAUGAACAUGGGCAACGUGACCUCCCUCUCCACCUGCAGCAUGGCGGACAACAAGGCCAUGCAGUUCCCUCUCUCCCAGCGAAGGAAACGCAGGAUUCUCUUCACUCAGGCGCAGGUGUAUGAGUUAGAGCGACGCUUCAAGCAGCAGAAAUACCUGUCGGCGCCAGAGAGGGAACACCUGGCGUCGCUCAUCAACCUCACGCCGCAGCAGGUGAAGAUCUGGUUUCAGAAUCACAGGUACAAGAUGAAGAGGGCGGCCAAAGAGAAGGCCAUGUCCGAGCAGGCUUCCUCUAAUCAGAACGCCACGUCGCCGCGGCGCAUCUCCGUGCCGGUGUUGGUGAAGGAAGAGAACGCCACCAAGGGCUCGUCGUCGUCCUCGUCAGGUGCUACAGGGGAGAGCAAGCUGGGCCACCACCGGGACUCCUCCUCCUCCUCCUCCAACCUGGGCGGCUCCAACACCUCCAGCCUGCUGCCCUCCCACCUCACCUGUGACUCCGUAGGCGCCCUCGACCCAUUCCGCACGCAGGGCUCCGCCACGCCCGUCACCGGGGCGGCCUUCCCCUCCAUGACGCCGCUACACCACAACGUUAACAACGCCUACCUCCACCACCAGCGGGCGUGGUAAGGGCGGCGCCCCUCCUCUUUCCCGGGCGUGCCGCGACUUACACCUCCUACAGGCAGGGAUGAGGCGUGGCGCACACCACGCCACGGUGCACCUCACGCCCGGCCACGCUCCGGGACGCAGACGAGGCUCAGGCUCUGCCUCCCGUUACUCCCCUCCUCCUCCUCCUCUCCUCCUCACGCGGGGAGUGAUGUGCUGUACCCUCCGCUUCUCCCCCACCGCCGCCGCCGCCGCCGCCACCUCAGUCUCCAGGUAAAGACAAGGUCGGCUCAACCAUCAAGACUCACCGGCCAGCCCGGGAGGCCUCCCGCCGCCCGCCCUCCCUCCCUCCUGCCGCCGCCGCCCGGCCUGGCCUCGCCGGCACGCCGCGGCCGCCAUGCAUUAAUCAGUGUUCCUCGUACAAAGAAAAAUAGAAAAGGUCUUACUCAAAUAUUUUAUCCGUUUAGGUAAAUAAGAAAAAAAGGAGAGACGACGUGUGUGUUCAUAACUUGCUUCAUCACCACGAAAAUUACGUUGGAAAAUAAAGCGGCAAUGGCUCUUGAAAGUAAAACUAGUCAUUGGUAUUCCGGCGGUGCUCUCCGCUGUUGCUGAAAGUGGAUCACGCGGGGCCUCGAGGCAGCCAACAAAGGGCAGGUAUUUGCAGUAAUUCAGGGCAGAUGUGAACCUGUGACUCCUAGGAUUUAAAACUUUUGUGAUCCGACAUAUUGUGGCGGCCAAGCGAACGUGACUGGCCUCAAAAUAAUCCCUCGUUAUGCAUUCACGCCACAACUGUACAGCAGCCCGAGUGAUAACAGUGACGUGGCGGGAUAGUCAAGGGUGUUUAUUUUUCUUGGUUUGGCCUUUGAAAGUGCACGGAGAUGUUUCGUGGGCGAGGUGGGCUUGUCUGCCGCUGCCUCUACCACUGCUGCUGCUGCUGCUGCACCCCUCGGGAGGCUUGGAAUUACUUAGGGAUUCCUCCGGACGGUGCUGGCGGGGCUGACGCUCGGCUGACAGGCUGUGUGGCAACACCUCGAGGCUUACCCUGGAGAGCCCGCCGUGAGUGUCGUGCUCAGCUGACCAGCUCGCGGCCGAAACACCUGGGCACAGGGUUGGAAAAUUGCUAACAAUUUGCUGCCGCUCUCCCCGAGGCGACGGUCGGAUGAGCGGAGUGAGCGGCGCCAAAUCUCCAGUAAAGGAUUGUAAGCUGGAAUUUGUGUCCCAUGUGGCAGUGGCAGUGGCGGUGGCGGCGGCGGUGGCGGCGGCGGUGGCGGGGUCGGGCGGCGCUGGUGCUGUCACGGCUAUGUUGUUUUUCCAUGGAGCGCACACCGUCCUCCUCAAGGGCCCUCCAGCCUGAGGGGCGCGUCCCGAUCCCGCGCUGCCGGCUCUGGCUUCGGUCCCGUGCUGCGCUCAGUUUGUUUCACGGCAGCUCAUUUACCCUUUCAAGUGUUCAGUAUUACUUACUGAGCCAUUUUGUGACUGGCAAGCCAAGUGAGCAGCAGCAGCAGCGGGCGGUGGGCAACUCGGCGAAGCUGGUGGGCGGUAGGUCGGCGGCAGGAGAUCGGGACGACACAUACCAUUUGGUUGGUCCAGCCGUAUUGAUCGGCAAAGCUGGACUUCAUAGAACCACAUCCUGGAAUGUGGGAGAUACAGGGGAAAAAUUAUGAAAAAAGUGUUUCUCUUUCACUGGAACAAAACGGGAGCCGGUGUUUGAGGGCAGCAGGGUACAGCAGGGCCAGCAGGCAGGCACCAGCAGGCGCACGCUCUCCCCAACCCUCACUCCCCUCUCCCUGCCUCUCUCCCGCAGCCCGUUCCGCCUCACCCCUCCCACCUUUCCUGCCUCUCUUCCUCCACACGGCCGAACAUCAUCGUUACUACAUCAUCAUCACGUCACUAACACGUCCUUACCCCCGGCCAGGGAGCCAGGAGGAGGAGGCGGAGGUGAAGGAGGAGGAGAGAGAGGAAGAAGAGGCAUGUGGAGGCGUGGGGGCGGCCGGGGGGUGGGCGGGGGCCUCUUCAACCUUACCACCGCCCAUUAUGAUAACACAACGCGGGCCUCGCCACCCACCCCCCGCAGGAGGAAGGCCGCUCACCGCCAGGCGGGAGGAGGGCGAGGCGUGAGAUCCGCUACAACUUUCCCCGCCUCUGUGACUACCGGGAAACCUGAUCCAGCCAUACCUGACGCCGAGGAGCCGCCGCGCCUUCCCUAACCUCCCUUCCUGCUAGACACACCAGGAGGAGGAAGGGAGCCGCGGGAAACAGAAGUCCUCUCACAAGAUCUAACAAAAAAAGGGACCGACGAACAUGUGUGGAGAAAUAAACGAGAAUAAAUGUUGGAGGGGAAAAAAAGUAUCGGAGGAACACGAAGACGGAGGAACAGCCUGACGAAGGAAGGAACAGGAGGAGGAGAGAGCCUAGCAUAAUACUCCCGGAACUUGUGCUUGUGUAAAUAUUGUACAUGAACCGCCUCUGCAAUAGGAGUUUUUUGACGCUUCUCCGACCAAGUUAAUGUGUCCGUAAGAAACAAAACAAAAAAAAAGGUAAUAACAAUACUUCUAACGAUACGAAUAAUAAACAUAAUGACCAUAACAAUAAUAAUAAUAUUAAUAAUAAUAACAAUAAUCAUAAUCAUAAUAAUAAUAAUAAUACUGCUUAAGAAUAACUAAUUAUAAUGUUAAUAAUAAUGAUAAUUAAUAAUAAUAACGCUAAUAACUUAUUCAGUGUCAUAAUACUGUAACUGGUGUGUUCCUUGAGCCCCGUUUGGGUGGAUUGUUGUGGUGUGGGUGUUGCAUCGCGUUCACUUCCUGUCCCUUAGUCUUGUAUUGUAGCGCUGCCCCCCUGCCCCCUCCCCCCCUCCUGGCCCUGAAUGAGAGAGAGAGAGAGAGAGAGAGAGAGAGAGAGAGAGAGAGAGAGAGAGAGAGAGAGAGAGAGAGAGAGAGAGAGAGAGAUUUUAGAACAAGCGAAACACACACAUACACAAAAAAAAGAAAGAAAACAAAAGGACAUUGGAGAAAAUUAUUCAAUGUAUGCCCACAUCUUUAUUUUCCUUCCUCUUCGUCAUUUUUUUCCUUCUUGUUCUUUUUCCCUUUCUCCCUUUUCUUCCAUUCACUCCUUUUCCUAUCGUGUCCUCUUGUCCCUUCCCUUCCUUUCCUAUCUCCCUCCCCUUCCCUUUCUCCUCCUCCUCCUCCUCCUCCUCCUCCUCCUCCUCCUCCUCCUCCUCCUCCUCCUCCUCCUCCUCCUCCUCCUCUCCCAUCCCCUUCUUCCUUCGAGUCUUGGGUGCUGGCUCGGUGUUGUCUAUCUGUAUGUCUGUCUGUCUGUCAAUCUAACCAAACAACAUCUACAAAAACUUGAAAAAAAAAAAAAAUAGUGAGAAAUAUAAAUGUUUUGACUUCUUGUCUGGAAGUGAGGAAUAGAAUGCUAAAUAUUAUAAUGGUGAAGGUCGUUUGAGUGAGGGAGAGUGAGAGAGAAGCGACCACGGAACGAAAACAACGACUUGGUCACUGAAUAAAAAAAUAGUAAUGAUAGGAAAAAAGAGUAUGUGUGAAUGUUUUUAUUGACACUGUGAAGGAAUGUGUGUGUGUGUGUGUGUGUGUGUGUGUGUGUGUGUGUGUGUGUGUGUGAGAGAGAGAGAGAGAGAGAGAGAGAGAGAGAGAGAGAGAGAGAGAGAAA